AUGGAGGAGGUGAGCUGCCAGCUCAAGGUGCAGUGCGACCGCGUGCAGCGCGUGGAGAGGGAGCUGGCUCUGUCCCGCGACGUCAGCGAGAAAGUCAGCAAUUUGAGACAGAUGCUACAAGAGUCGCACGGUGGCAUAGCCCGUCUCUGUCGCCUUAUUGACGAGGAGAGGCAAAAGCGCGAGCAAUACGUGCAAGGCCUGAAGCAGCAGAGGUUGCGCACCGAGCUGCUCCUGCAGCUCUUGCAGCACUUCAAGAAUCGAACCCAGGACUUGGGGCCCGACACGAUCUUGGCCGGGGUCGGUUUGGCCGGCCCGUGUGGCUCUGGCUCCAGCGAGCCCAGGAUGCAGCCACACCAAGCAAAGCCCGCAAAGCCCGGGAAGCCGCACACACUGAAAGGCUUGCAGCACAUCCAUGCGCGCGGUGUCAUCCACACGGUGAAGCUCGAGAAUGUCGUGGGCCAAGUUCUCAUAUGCCGCCACGACAUGUCGGUGCUCUUGCAAGAGGCAUCCAGGGCUCAUCGAGCCUUCCAGGAGCAGAAGUCUGGCCUGGAGACUCUCUCGAAAAGCCAGAAGAAGCGGUUGAAGAAAAAGCAGAAAGCCAAGGACGCAAACAUCGCUGGCUCCGAAGACCCCAAGACAGAGGCUGCGGCAGAGGAGGUUGAGGCGGAGGUGACCGAGGUUCAACCGCAGGCAGAGGUGGUGAACGGCGUGAACAGCGUGAACGGCAAGGGCAAGGGCGACGGAUAUCCGAAGCCGGAAGGGGAGGUGCCAGCAGCCGGCAAUGCUCCGGGUGAAGCACCUCCAGGGCAGCCCAUACCUCCAAUCAGACAAAGAGAUCGUUUCGAGAACCUUCAGCUUGAAGAGACCUUCGCGAAGUUGGCGGAUUUUGGGAACGGUAUCAAGCUUAGAAGUCGCCAUAGAGAGCCACCCUUCUUCCGCCUCCUGCAGCCGCUUGUAACCAGGAGCAAAAUGGAGCUGGCCAUGGCUCCCACGGAGGUGUCGAAGGGCUUCGAGAGCGCGAUGCCCAUGCACGUGCAAGUUGGAAGCCUUGGCCAAGUACCCCCCGUGUCGAUGCAGCCGCUCCCGCAACAGCAACUGCAACAGCAGCUGCAGCAGCAGCUCCUGAACCAGAAGAACCAGCAAACUAUCCAGACGCUGCUGCUACAGCAGUCCCUUGGAGCACAGUCCCAGCAGCUGCCACAAGCUUCUCAGCCUCAGCAGGCUCCCUUGCCCAAUCUCCUCACGGGCCGGAUGAUGGACCCUGCCUUGGCCAUGAAGUCGACUGCACCCAGUGCUUCGAGCGUGGCGACUGUCCCGGGCAUGCCCCUGUGCCCGUGGAUCUAUCCUUUGGACAUGGGCAAUGGGGUCCUGCCAGGCUGUUCCGGUUGGGCGGUGAGCGGAGUGUCCAUGCCAUCCGUGCCGGUCGUGGGUCUCAAACCAACGAUGGGCAUCAGGGCGUCCUGCCAGCACUGUGGGCGUCUGGAUGACCUCGAAUGGCCAGUCGAGUUCUCCUCCGCGAGCUCCUUGGGCUCUUCUCUUUCGCGCGAGAGUGAGGACCUCGAGGAGGUGAGUCCCGCGGCCUCCCUUGUCGUUUGCGGGCAGGCACUCGGCCAGGAUGUCAAGCGGUUCCAGUGGGUCCCACCAAAAGGCUGGGAUGGCCAUGCUCGUGCCCUGGAAAUUUCGGCUCGGAAUACCUUCGAAUGGGAUGGCAGUCAUCCCGUGCCUCCGCCAGGAGGCCGUCCAUGGUUGUUGCCUUGCAGUGAUGAGAUGGCGCUCAGGAUUGCAAGGCUCCGGAAACCCUUGCGUGCCGCCGGAUGGAAAGUAAUUACCUCGCCACCCCUCAUUAUCCAGAGCCUGGGCGACAAGGCAAAGCUUCCGGGCUACGCCGCCAAGAUUGGAAAGCUGGACUUCCUUCCACGGCACUUCGCGAAGCCUCGGGAAGCAAGGUACCCCUGCGUAUUGAAGCCAUCGCAGGGCGAGUUCGGCAAAGAUUCCUGGAUCUGCCAGACAUGGCAGGAUGUGCACCGCCAUGCCCCGGACUUCGGCGAGUCGGAACGAGAAGCGACUUGGGUGCUGCAAGAGCUCGUCCCCGGCAGCGUGGAGCUGUCUGUGUCCAUGCUCGUCUCCGCGGGAUCCAUACUGGAUGUGGUGGGCAUGCGCUACACCUAUGAUAGGAGCAUCUACAUCUGGCCCAAUGUUGUCGAGCUGAAAAAGGAGCUCUGCGAAGUUCCGACACGGCACAUCGAUGUCCUGGCCGCCUUUGUUGGCGAAUAUGAUGGCAUUCUGAACUUCAACUACAAGAUCCGGCCAGAUGGAAGGAUCUGCAUCUUCGAAGUGAACACCCGCAUCGGCGCAGACUUGGCUUGUGAUGUUCCAAGGGAGCGGGCUCGGCAGCUGUUCUUGAUGCUGGCCGGAGAAGAUCCGUGGCUGAGGAUGGCGACCGACUGCGUGGGGAAAGCGUGUCUGGUAGAAACUGCCCGUCUGCUCAAGCAGCGCGGCAGAGUGCACGACACGCUGCGGCGAGAUAGUGAAGAAGGUGGCAAGUCUCCCGAUGUGCCGGUAGAUGUGACCCUACCUCAGGGCAAGAAGAGAAGUGGACGUGGCAAGGGCAAGAAGGAUCACUUUGAGGGCCUCAGUGCCGCUCCUGUCGCUGUAGGCGAGCUGCUCGGGAAUGCCGCCGUGCUGGACGCGCUGGCAGAGGUUCGCCGGGACGGGGCGAAGAGCCAAGUGCUUCUACGAGACGUCCUCUCCCACGUCGCCGAGCUGGCACAAGACUCGGAAGGGAGCCGCUUUUUGCAGGCAAAGUUGGAGACCGCCAACACGGCCGAGCGCAGGGAGGUCUUCGAUGCACUGCUUCCGAAGAUGGAGAUGCUUGCUGGAGACUCUUCCGGCAGCGCAGUUGUGCAGAAGUUGCUGGACAUCUGCACACCAGACCAGCGCAGAGCCAUCGUGGAGAAGUUCCGGCAAUCAGUUGUGAAGCUGUCCUUGAAGAUGCACGGCUGCCGCGUCAUCCAGAAGGCUUUUCAGGUUUGCCCACCGGAACUCCAAUCCAUGCUUGCCGGAGAGUUGCGGCAUGGAGUGAUUGAUUGCAUCAAGAGCAUGCAUGGCAACCACGUGGUCCAAAAGUGCAUUGAACAGAUGCCACCGGAGUCGGUCUCCUUCGUCGUGGAGGCUGUCGAGGACAAGGCAGAAGCUAUGGCGGCGCACAUCUACGGGUGCAGAAUCAUCCAGCGCUUGCUGGAGCACUGCACACCAAAGCGCCUGGAAAAGAUGUUGCAGCAGAUCCUCCGCAGCAUCACCAAACUGUCUACGGAUCCGUACGGCAACUAUGCGAUGGGCUUAGCAUUGUUGGCGAGAGCCAUCAUAGACUACCGACUAUCAUUUUCAUCCGGCUGCGCCUACCUGCUUCCGGUUGUUCUUUAUCCUAUCGACCUACAGGACAAACAUGCGAGCAAUGUGGUGGAGAAGUGUUUCGAGGCUUCAACCACCGGUGAACAUGCGGCGUUCCUGAAGGAGGAGCGCCAGCGCCUGAUCCGCGCCGUCCUGGGACCCGCGCCGAAGGAUCCAUCGGAUCGGAGCUCGCCGUUGGCGCAGCUGAUGGAUGACAGGUUCGGGAAGUACGUGGCCAACAGCUUGGUGGAGUACAGCCGAGGACCCGAGGAGAUGAAGGUCCUCUACAGUCGCAUUGCCUCCUCACCCGGGAAGAAGGCAGCAAUCACCUCGCUGCUUGAGAUGUUGGAGAGGCAGCUUCAGCAGGCUCAGCUGCAGCAGCAUCAGUUUGCGCAGCAGCAGCUUAUGCAGCUUCAGAUGCGGACCAAGGCGCCACCAUCCAGGAUUACAUUCGACCUGCAGCUCUUAGGGGCCUGCUCGUUUGAGUUCACGUGCACGCCAGGGCGCCAAAUGACAGAGCUGGGAGCAGCUGUGGAGGUACCGAAGGGCCGCCUCAGCCCCACGACAUUUGCAAGCAAUGCAUGGGCUUACCGGGAGUCUGGGGGGCUCAGGACCAAAGGCGUUCAGCUCCGGCUGGGUCGAGGCAGCCUCGGAAACGUUGGUUUCUGCAUCCUUCGGAGUCUCUGCCAUGGCCUAGGUUGGGGUAUGUUGGGUAAGGGAGGAUUGGUGAACAGGGUCCCCUUCUGCAGUUUGUCCGUGCCACCUGUGGUGUGCUUCCACAAAGAGGCAAACAACCCGGUGACGGAUGACAUUCAGACGCGGCAAUAUCGAUCUCCCGAGGUAAUCAUUGGGGCCAAGUGGGACGAGACGGCAGAUGUCUGGAGUGCAGCCUGCAUGUUCUUCGAGCUGGCGACGGGCGACUACCUCUUCGACCCCAAGAAGGGGGAGGACUGGAAUCGGGAGGAGGACCACUUGGCCCUCGUCGCCGAGUUGCUCGGAGACCUGCCAACGAAGGAAUUUGCUUUGUCGGGGCGCUACUCCAAGGACUUCUUCACCAAUGCGGCCAAGCUGAAGCACAUCAAGAAGCUGAAGAUGUGGCCUCUGGAGGGCGUCCUCCAGGAGAAGUACCGCUGGGAAGAGGCCGAGGCUCUGGAGAUGGCGGACUUCCUCCUGCCGAUGCUGACAUGGCAGCCCAGCCAGCGGCAAGCCGCUUCCGAGGCUUUGAAGCACGCCUGGGUGCAGCCGCGCAACGGCGAGACGGAUACCUGGCCCGCCCCGGCCUCGGCUUUGGGACCUCCGGAGAAAAUUUUGUCGGUCCCGGCAGCCUCGGGGCUCAAGCAGGCGCCUCAACGGUGCGAUGGCUUCGAGAAGACCGAACAGGUGGCUUCUGAAAUGAGGCUUUUGGCCACCUCCCUCCCUGCAGCAAAGGUGUCCGAGAGCAUCACGGAAGCGCCUGCAUCGCCUGCCAGCCCCGAGGAGGCUUUGAGCGAGACGGCGUUCACUUCUGACCUGCAGCUGUUUUCUGCUGUGUUUUCUUUUUGCUGUUCUCUUGAUGUCGAAGCGCUUACUGACUGCUGGGACCACUUGGAUUCCGACUUGGAUUGCGGAAGAAACAAACCGAAGAGCCAAGUCAAGUCCUUCGUGUCAUCCUCGCAUCGUCUGAGAUGGCCAUGCCCGAAGUUGGAUUGGUUCUACCUCCUCCAAGAGGAGGACGACCCUGCCUCAGUGGUGCCACAAGGGAGGUGCUCGCUGAGCUGGGACUGGGAGCUGCUGCGGCGGAUGUCCAAAGCCGAAAGCCUCGGUUUGUCCAGCCUCCUCUUGGACUUUUCCCUGCGGCUGGUGGCAUUGGCCCUGGUCGCUCUUUGCAGGCUCCGAAGCGAAACGAGAUCUGCAAAAGCUGCGGAGAUCUGCACUGCAAAGCCCGCAAAAGGAUUCCGAAAAGAAGACCUCCAAGAGGUCUUUGAGGAGGCUUGUCCGAAGCCAGCAGGCCCUGUUGAAGAGCGUCACGCAGACGCCUUGGAAGUGCUGCUUGCAGAGGAGCGCUGCCCGUUUGUGGCUGCGUUCUUCUCGAGCUCCUCACCACUGUCCCAGUCGGCAAAGCUUGCCCUGACCGAGCAGAGGCUCGCGAGCUCGUUCCCGGCCUUGAGAUACAUCCGAGUCGAAACCGAGCAGAUGAGCAUUCGCACAUUUCUGCAGUGGGAUAUUAACUACUUGCCCACCUAUGUUUUGUUCUGGCCAUCAAACUCAUCAAGCCCGUGGCAGCGCUGGCAAUCUGGAAGGCAUGCCAAUCCGUAUGAUUACGGAGAUGUGUCGGCGUGGAUCGCGCAAGCCACAGGGCUGGUCCCACAGAACAGCUCCCAUCUCUCGGCGGGGCCUGUCCCAGUGCGGGGGCUUUCCCGCUCGUCCCCCCUGGGCUUCGGUUGGGCUCUGGUGGUCAUCGCUGUGCUCCACAGACUUCUCAACCGGACACCCUUGGCACGAGACGCAUCGAAAUGCCUCUUCGAGGCUCAAGCAGGCAGUGAAGGAAGCGGGACGGACCCCUGGCGCUUGGCCAUGGCAAACGGUGCCCUUAGCGCCCUGCUCCACGUCCUGGGGCUGGUGCUAGUGAUCUUGGACUUCCUAAUAUGGAUCUUGACGCUCGGCCCGGUGUGGAUGCUGCAGAAGACCCUGGCCGGAGUACCGGAGUUCGCGCGGCCGGUCCGGAAGGCGAAGAUCAACGGCAGCGGCCCGGGCUCGGACGUGUGGCAGGCGACACAGGCGGCUGAUGAUGGGAAGCUCCUCACGUCUCCGCAUCCAGAGGAGGGCGUCUUCACCGUCUUCCAGAUGCUCGACCGCUCCUUCAAGCGGUAUGCCACGAGCAAGGCGCAGGGCAUCAGACCUCUGCUGUCCUGGAAGAAGGAGGAGGGAUAUCGAUUUCCUGCAAAGGUGUUCGGUCCGACUCAGUGGAGGACCUAUGCAGAGAUGGGCAAGCUUUGCAAGGAGUUCGGGGCUGGGCUCAGAGCGCUUGGCUUGGAGCCGCAGCCUGAAGGUGACUUCGACAGCAUGACUGGGAAGUUCAAGAUUCUCAUGUACGAGGACACCUGUGCAGACUGGCAGAUCUGCGCUUACGGAGCGCUGACGCAGAACCUGGUAGUUGCCACCUGCUACGCCACCCUCGGAACCGAUGCGGUCGUCCACGCAGUGAACGAAGGUGCAGUUACUGCCUUGGUCUGCAACCGAAAAGCUGCCGAGGGGCUCGUGAAGAUGGCCUCCGAGAUGCCUUCGCUGGAGGUCAUCAUCUAUCUGGACAACCUCUGCACGCCGGAUGAGUGCAAACACCGCCUGACAGCUGCGGGCAGCGUGAAGUUGCUGUCACUGCAAGACGUCCUCGACCUGGGCAAGGCCAACCUCGUGGAGCCUAGCCCUCCGAAGCCGGAGUCCGUGGCGGUGUUAAUGUACACCAGCGGCUCGACAGGGACGCCGAAGGGUGUGGUGCUGCGACACUCGCAGCUUGUUGCCUUUGUUGGAUCUUGCUACAUCCAGUUCGGCGCCUUGAUCUACGAAGGUGGCGAGAUGUUCAUCGGCUAUCUGCCUUUAGCCCACAUUUUGGCGGUCGCUGCAGAGCUGUACUUCUAUUCGACCGGCAACUGCGUGGGCUACGCCGAUGCCAAGUCCCUGCUUGCAGGUCCCGAGAGGUGCUACCCGCUGGGUGGCCUGCAGGAGUUCAAGCCGACGCUGAUGGCCGGCGUGCCCAAGGUUUGGGAGACGAUCAAAAAAGGUGCGGAGGUGAAGGUUGAGAAAAGCGGACCUGUGGUGUCCUUCCUUUUCAAGUUGGCCAUGAAGGUGAAAAAAGUAGCGGUCCGUCAGAACCGGUACACUCCUUUGUUCGACCUUCUGGUCUUCAAGAAGUUUAAGUCCAUGCUUGGCGGCAGCAUGAAGUUUACACUCUCUGGCGGCGGCGCCAUUUCCGGCGAAGUCCAGGAAUGGGUCCGGGCCGUCGGCUUGGAGUUCUCUGCGCUGCUCUUCUGCGGGUGCUCUGCGCGAUGCGCUGCAGCUCUCAGGAUCCAGAGCCCCUUGGCCGAGAACCAAAGCUUCGUUUCGGACUCUGUCGCCACCAGCCGAGGCCCCUUGGAUCCCAGCAUCGGGGCGGUGGGCACACCCUUGGCCUCCAUCGAGGUUACCCUGCACUCCGAGCUCGGG